GUCACCUUUCUUGAAGGAGUAAAAUGCAAGAAUAUUAGAUCAACAUCCAAGGGUGAAUGACCACGGAUUUUUAGUUUGAAUGUAAAUCACCAACACCAACAUGAGAUAUCUUUAAUAUGGGUACUCGUCUCGACUCCAAGAUGAAGGAUGAGUACUCUUUUAUCUGUCGUCGCCUCACCAGAAAAGUUAUGAGUGAAUGAAGGUAGCUUUUCAUCAUCACACGAUAAAUCGCGAACAGGUAUAUGAAUGAAUGAGUGAGUGAAUAAAUGAUAACCAUAACAACUACAUUCUUCUAGUAAGUACUUGCGUACUAGGUUCGAUUUAGCAUAUCUCUUGCCAGGCACAUCAAUCAGUCAAUCAAUCAAUCAACUUCAUCUAAAAAAAGCAGAAAAUAAAUCGAAGAAGAAGCGUGAUGGGCCAAGAAUUGGCGUGGCCGCGGCCAUCCUGGGUGAAACGCAAGGAAAGGAAACGUCAAAAGAUACCUCCUCACAAGGAAAGGAUGGACUUAUGAUACCGAGAUAAGAUGGGCUUAUGAAGAUGAUAAGAGUACGAGUAGAAGUACUUACAACAUCAAGUAGAUGUAGAGGUAGAAUAGAAUAUCCAGAUCGUCUUCCUAGUUUCUAAAUGAGUUUGUCAUUGCCCUUUGCUUAAGAACAUGACAUCCCCAUUCGCCACAUAGAGCAUGUUGCCUCUUGUUCCUUCAUUAUCAAAAAUGGGACUGCUGGCACCCCAAGUGGUGCGGCAUCGGCAGGGACAUGGCGGUCGUUUUUUGGUGGCCUAUUUGGAGGGAGGAGACGGAGUGCGGAGAAUACAGCUGAGUUCACAUAAGGCCCACAGUAAAAUUGAAAUUCAUUUGAGAAGAAGAUCAUCUCUCUUUCUCUCUCUCUGUUUUUUUCUUUGGGAAUUGAAAAGAUGAGCUUAGAAUAUCUAUAGAUAUCAUUUAUAAAUAAAUCAAUUAACGUGAGGAGCGCUUAGAAUAUCCAAGAAGUCUAACGCGAGCUCUAACUUACAGUGGACGGUAUUCGGUCAAUGCUUCAGGGGAGGUCAUUUACCCUAAACGACUUCGAUCUGCGGCAAACCGUAGGAACAGGAACGUUUGGGCGAGUGCGCGUUGUGAAGAUUAAAGGUAUAUUAUCACAGAGUAGUUUAUAGCACGCAUGGCGCAUGGAGUAGCAUGGAGCUGCAUGGAGUGCAUGGAGCGCAGAGCUUUAAGGGGCGCAAGAAGCUCCCCUUUUAGCUCCAUGCUACUCCAUGUGAUCCAUGCACUCCAUGCCAUGCGAGCUGUGAAACCCUAUAAAUUGCUCUGUAGAGAAGAACGCUGAGUAAGAGUAUGCAGUGGAAUCUUCUUUUUCGUUAUACUAACUAUUCCCUUGAAGUCUCACAUGUUUGCGAAGGGAAAUUUCGCUGGUCUGUUUGGAGAGCCUCAGACCCCUUUACUGCUACUGGCCACGGUACUGCAAUUACAUCAUCCUCAUUCUCAAUCUCAUCCACCCAUCGCAGGUAGUCGCGUUCGCAUACCUUUGGCACUGAAGAUCAUGAAGAAGAGUGAGGUCAUCAACUUGCGACAAGUAGAACACAUACGAUCUGAGAAGGACAUAUUGUCGACGCUUCACCAUCCAUUUAUUGUCAACAUGUUCGCGACCUUUCAAGACCAGAAGCGCUUAUUUCUGAUUCUGGAGUACGUGAAUUAAGGCUCCAACAUGUAAAAAACUGUCAGAUUUACUAUUUGAUGUCCACAAAUCAAUCACUAUCGAAUUUUCUUCCUCUAAGCGAAUGGAGGUGAACUAUUUGCCUUACUUCGACGAGCUGGUCGCCUACCGCAGGAGCACACCCGAUUCUACAUAGGGGAGAUCGCACUGGCGUUUAAGUACUACUACUAACGUUACGCUCAUCCCCUCUCUCACCGUUUUAGCUCACCUUUUCAACAUCUAAACCCUAAACCUUUCCACUAAGAAGACAAGCCACCCUCAACGUAACAACAUCUUCCAGUUACAUGCAUUCGGUGUUUGUGAUUUAUCGGGAUUUGAAGCCAGAAAAUCUCCUCCUCGACUGCCAAGGGCACAUAAAGAUUACUGAUUUUGGGUUUGCGAAGCAUGUGGAGGACCUAACGUGGACGUUGUGUUAAGGAUAGAGGAACAAAGAAAGAUAUUCAAACACAGUAGAUCUAGCUAAUUAAUAUGCAUUAGGAUGAGGACCGUGGCCUUAUCAGCAUAUGCAUAUCAGGGAUUACAAUAGACUUCAGUAUAAAAGAACAUCCGACAUUAGACAUCAUAGUACACGAGUUGUUUCUUCUAAUCUGCCGGUACACCAGAGUACCUAGCGCCAGAGAUCAUUCAGUCAAAAGGACAUGGCAAAGCUGUCGAUUGGUGGGCUCUAGGGGUGCUGAUGUUUGAACUGCUGGCUGGUUACCCACCAUUCUACGACGAAAAUCCGAUGGGGAUAUAUCAAAAAGUCAUAUCCGGAAAGUUCUCGACACCGAAACACAUAGAUGUGAAAGCAAGGGACCUCAUCAAAAGGUUCCUGACACUCGAAAGAACAAAGCGAUUAGGGUAUUCAGUUGGACGGAUUGUUAUUGGCUUGUUGGUUUCUUUUCCACUCAAAAAUAUCUUUCCACUUUCUUCAGCUGCUACAGGUGCAGAACAUGACCAGUCGCGAACAAAAAUCAAUACCCGACUAAGGUGUCUAGCUGGCGGAUUUCAGGAUAUUAAGGAUCAUAAGUGGUUUCGGGGCGGGUGGUCCUGGGAAGCGUUACAGGCUAAGCAAGUGGCUCCGCCAUUUCAACCUGCUGUGCGAUCUAAUGUUAAGGCUGCACUAGUACAUCAUACUUCGAGUAGUAAGUAUUUAGAUGAGUGCUACCAAAGAACAUUUUUUACCAAAGCACAUUUGGACGUGGAGUAGAAGAGUCACAGAAUAAUACUGAUAUGAUGCGUCUCCGUCUCCUGCAACUGCAAGGUAGUUGUCAUCUUGUGUGAUGAAUCAUGAAAAUCGUCGUCGAUUGAAAAUUUAUUUUCAUCGAGUUUCAUCCUCAGCAGCUUCUAAUGCCAACGACACCAGCAUGUUCCAGCAGUAUCCGGAGAGUACAGAGUCCUCCUGCCCGAAAAUCGAAAAAGAGGAACAGCAAUUCUUCGAAGGUUUCUAGAUGUAGAUUCUAUUCGAAGGUUUUUAGCUUGUCUAGAGCUUUGAUUUCUCAGUGAUUUUUUUGGCUAUGUUUUCGGCUAUGUAUUGUGCUUAAGUUUUCUUACUCUGUUAUCACAGUUAUCAUCUACGUCUGAACUCAGUCAAUUCCAAACUCAUCCUACUACUUUACCAAAUCAGAAAAAAAAGAUACCGCCACUCAGUAUCUUCAGGGAGGACUAGUAUCACGCACGUAUUACGCAUUUUUACUACAACAAACGGCCCGACUCGCUUACACUAAUACUUCUGAGAAUGAAAUAUAGAAGAUAAAGUCAUCUUCGUCACAUGACGCUAUGUCAUCGUUGUUGUUGUAUCUUUCUGCCUCUGUAGUUCACUUCAUUUACAGGCGCCUGAGGAGUUCUUUAGGGCUCACGGUAAAGGCGCCUUGAGAGUUCUUUAAUGUUCACACUGAAGGCGUCUCAAGGUUUCUUUAAUGUGUACACUGAAGGCGGAGAGUGUGUCGCGGUUAUUAAUGUAAUUUGAAUAGAGUAUAAAGUCAUCAUCUCCGUCACUUGGCGCUAGGUAUUUGUGUUUUUCUUAGAAGAAUCGUGGUAUUUGUAAAGUGGACCCAAAGUGAAAGUGUGGGUGUGCAGUGCACUUCUAGUAGAAGGGAUGGAAUAAAGUGAUUUUUUGACUUUGACUUUCAGGAGAAUUUAUUAUACCUUUCAAAAUUUGCAUUUGCAAUCAAACCCCAGAUGAAUCAAGGUGAAUACUUCCCAUCAAACGAAAUAGUUGUAAGCACGCUUUGCGCGCACGAAUCGAC